CAGAGACACGUGUUACAGUUGACAUUUGUCAUUGCAUCAAAAUUACGUUUUUGCGCAAUUGUUAAUUUCAUUUUAUUUAACAUUUCAUUAUUCAUUGUUCAUGGUUUAUACAUUAAUUGUAGCACAAUUAAAUUUAAUCCUGCAAUACAUGAUAAAUCAAUUCUAAUUUUAGAUUUAACUUGUAUUUGCUAUUUAUAAAUAAAAUUGUUAUUAAAUCAAUUAUUCCGCAUAGAUUUUUCUCAAUGAAAGGGUUAUGCUAAAAGUUUGUUUCACUCGUUUAAUUCAUACACGAAAUAUGAGUGUUUUUAUUCAAUGCUUGAAUCCUUUAACUGGAAUUAUUAAUUGGGAGGAAAAAGAUGAAAAUUAUGAUUAUCAUCAAGAAGUUGCCAGAUCAGCAUUUGCUGAUAUGUUACAUGAUCAUGAAAGAAAUCAAAAAUAUUACUUAGGUCUUAAAGCAGCCAUUGAGAAAAAGCAUAAGAAUGGUGAAGAAGCUAAUGUACUUGAUAUAGGAACUGGAACUGGUUUAUUAGCAAUGAUGGCUGCAAAAUGUGGAGCAGAUAGUGUAACAGCUUGCGAGGCUUUUACACCAAUGGCUAACUGUGCUAUAAGAAUAAUCCAAGAAAAUGGUUUUGAAAAUAAUAUUAAAUUAAUACACAAGCGCUCUACAAAAAUGGUUAUUGGAAAGGAUGGCGAUAUGAUAAAAAAAGCAAACAUUUUAGUCACUGAAGUAUUUGAUACUGAACUUAUUGGAGAAGGAGCACUUUCUACGUUUCGUCAUGCUCAUGAAAAUCUUCUUGAAGAAAACAGUAUUGUAAUUCCCCAUACCGCUACUAUUUGGGUACAAGUAGUAGAAAGUCCUACAAUAUGUACAUGGAAUACAGUACAUCCCAUUCAAAAUAGAAGUAAAUAUUUUUUAAAUACUCCACAUUCUGUAAAAUCAUGUUCUGGAGCAGCUGCAGUGCAUGAUAUACAAUUAACACAAUUUCCUCAUAAUGCAUUUAAACCUCUACUACCUCCUCAACCUAUCUUUAGGUUUGAUUUAUCUGGUAAAUCAACUCUAUUAUAUGAUGAAAAAAGGUGUUUACACGUAAAACCAACCGCAAGUGGUACUGCACAUGCUAUUUUUAUGUGGUGGGAUUUAAUUAUGGAUGUAAAUAAUGAGGUCUUGUUAAGUUGUGCUCCAGUGUGGGAACAUUCAGAUACAAAAGUUUUACAAAAUAAAGGUCUCAGUUUGCAAGAAAUAGCAGAUGUAAUACCUUGGAGAGAUCAUUGGAUGCAAGCUAUUUACUAUUUACCUGCUGCAACCUCGGUUACUGCUAAUAAUGAAGUUAGUUUGAUUGGCUACCAUGAUGAAUAUUCAUUAUGGUUCCAAUUAAUAAAUGAAUCAAUAAAUGAAGCACCCGAUUGUGAAAGACCUGUUUGCAGCUGUAAUGUACACAUAGCUUAUUGUAGAACUCGUAUAGGACAACUAAAUGACUAUGCACGAAAUAAAAAAUAUAUUAAAGCUCUAGAAAAAAAAAUUACACCUGACACAGUGUGUUUAUGUCUUUCAGACGGCUGUCUAUUGGGUCUUGCAGCUGUUCAAUUGGGUGCAAAAAAAAUCUUCAUCUUAGAGACAAACUUUUUAUCCAGAAAAUGUAUCGAAAUGUUUGUUAAAACAAACGAGCUUUCAGAAAAAGUAGAAAUUAUUGAAUCAGUAGACGAAUUGCCUCCUCAAAGUGCAAUUAAUUUCAUUUUUGGCGAACCAUAUUUUAUCACUUCAAUUGUACCAUGGGAAAAUCUUUACUUUUGGUAUUUAGCCUCUAGAUAUUCGCCUCAAAUACAAAGGAUUCCAAUUGCAGCAACAAUAAUGGGUGUUAUAGUUGAGUUUAAGGAUUUACAUAAAAUACGAGCACCUCUUGGUGUUUGUGAAGGUUUCGAUUUAUCUAUUUUUGACAAACUUAUUCAAGCAUCAAGCGAUAAAAGUGAUAGUCCUAUAGAAGCUCAACCAUUAUGGGAAUAUCCUACUAAAGCAUUAAGUUUGCCAUUUGUUAUUAAAAAAUUUGAUUUGACGCAAGAUGUGAAUGAACACGAAAAUAUAAAUAUUUCAGAAUGUGUACCUAUUUUAACAAGUGGAAUGUGUAAUGGUGUAGCUUUGUGGAUUGAUUGGCAAUUGAAUUCCGAAAUCACAAUAUCAUCAGGACCUACUGUAAAAGUACAGUCUGGAGAGCGAAUAUCAUGGGAUCCAUUUACAAGACAAGGUGUACAUUUAUUUAAAGAUAUAACACAUGUUACACAACAUAGUAUUAUUUCAUGGUCAUUUAAUUUUGCACCACAAUCUGGAAAUAUUAAAUAUGAUUUUCGUAUUUUGUCAAAAAGUAUGAAGUAAUAUGACGCAACGUGUAUCAAAAUAUACUUUUAAAUUAAAAUCUAA